CCCUCCAACUAUCAGAUCCAACGGCUGAUAUCACUCGAAACCUCUACGCUAAAAUCUAAUCUUCACCGUCCGAAUUACAUUCAUCAUCUUCCUCUUCUUCUUACUUCCUCUCUCACUCUCAGAUCUCAAAGAUAAAGACUCUCUCUCUCUCUCUAGCUGGAAGAGAGUAAAUUUGAUAUUCCCAUUUUACCCCCUAACUAAAAUGGUGGAAGCUCAGUCAUGGACGACGCGGCGGAUGAGCAACCCGAGAUUCGACGGCGCCGCAACCGCCCCGCAAGCAGUCGUCGACAUCCCCGAAACACCUCCUCACUCCUCCUCUUCCUCCACAGGAAAACCUUUCUCCCUCUCCUCACCCACCGUAUCUCCGACCAUUCUCACCGCCGCCAUUAUCGCCGCCUGGUUCGGCUCGAACAUAGGCGUCCUCCUCCUGAACAAAUACCUCCUCUUCUACUACGGCUUCCGCUACCCGAUCUUCCUGACCAUGACGCACAUGCUCUCCUGCGCCGCCUACAGCUCCGCCGUCAUCAACAUCGCCGGCGUCGUGCCGCGUCAGCACAUCCUCUCGCGCCGCCAGUUUCUGAAGAUCCUUUCUCUCUCGGCGAUCUUCUGCCUCUCCGUCGUGUGCGGCAACACUUCGCUGCGUUACAUUCCCGUCUCCUUCAACCAAGCGAUCGGAGCCACCACGCCGUUCUUCACCGCCGUCUUCUCUUUCCUCAUCACGUGUAAAACGGAGUCCACCGAAGUUUACUUGGCUCUUCUUCCUGUUGUCUCCGGCAUCGUCUUAGCUUCUAACUCCGAACCUUCGUUUCAUCUCUUUGGUUUCCUCAUUUGCGUCGCUUCCACCGCCGGUAGAGCUCUUAAGUCCGUCGUCCAGGGGAUUAUUCUGACGUCGGAAUCGGAGAAGCUACAUUCGAUGAAUCUUCUGCUCUACAUGGCACCAAUGGCAGCUUGUAUCUUACUACCAUUUACACUCUACAUCGAAGGAAACGUGUUAAGUAUCCUAAUUGAAAAGGCGAGGACGGAUCCAUUGAUCAUCUUCUUGCUCGCAGGGAAUGCGACAGUUGCUUAUUUAGUAAACUUGACUAACUUCUUGGUGACAAAGCACACAAGUGCUCUCACUUUGCAGGUUUUGGGCAACGGAAAAGCCGCGGUGGCUGCCGGAGUCUCCGUUUUGAUAUUUAGGAAUCCGGUGACGGUGAUGGGUGUUGCCGGGUUCGGUGUCACGAUUAUGGGAGUGGUUCUCUACAGCGAAGCUAGGAAGAGAUCCAAAUUGCUUAACCAGAAGUGAAAGUGUGAGAAAAGAGACCGGGUUUAAACCGGUGAAGUUAUUUUUAUUUUUUCGAUAUUUUUCGGAUUAUGCUUCUUGAUUCUUUUGGAAUUUCUGCUAUGUUUUGAACCGGUUUGAGGGUAGGGGAGAAUCAAAUUAAUUGUAAAUGGUUUACACUGAUUGGGGAUAAACUAUGAGUAUGAAAAAAGGGGAAUAUAUAUAACACAAGGGGAAAAGUAGGGUGAAAAACUAAAAUAAAUAAGAUUGUAUCUUUCAUUUUCAAUACAUUAAAAUACUAUUUCUAUAAACAUUUUGUAUUCUUAUGAUGAUUUGUAAUUUAUGAUUUUGAUCGAGAUGUAUUGAAGCUUAGCUUAA